AUGACAGUCGAUGUCGACACGGUUACCGUACCUACAGUGGUCAAUGGAAAGGCAGGUGUUGCACUCCCGGUGAACGCUGCCGCCGAGCUGGCCGCCCAACCUCCCCCGACAAGUGGCCCACCACCUGUCCCCGUGCUCACGUCACGGACUCUCUUGGACGAGCAUCUCGCCUCCCGCCCAACCACCGACUUGCCUGCAAUCUUCUUUGCGGCCACCAACGCAGAAGAAACCCUGUAUCUGAACCAAGCCGGUGACAGGGUGUUUGGACGGCCGGAGGAAGGCGCUGUCAAUAGCGAUACCCCUGUCGAGCUCUUCUCGCAGACCAAGGUGGUGACGUGCGUCUCGGUGCUUCUGCUCGUCGACCGCGGCCUUAUUUCUCUCGAUGAUUCCGCCGACAUCGAAAAGUACCUUCCCGAACUCUCGACAUGCCAGAUCUUGACCGGGUACGAUGAAGCAGGCGACGGCGUGCUCGUACCCCCAGAGAGAAAGAUCACGGCACGCAUGCUGUGCUCGCAUUCGUCAGGUCUCAUCUAUCCCCGCGGCGUCUCUCUCAUCUCGGACUACUGCACGCGCCAUUCCAUCCCGACAACCUUCUCCCACCCUGGCGGUGCCGAGGUGCUGGUAGCGCCGCUAAUCUACGAGCCCGGUUCCUCCUUCCACUACUCCCAGUCUAUCGACUGGGCUGGUGUCCUCGUGGAGCGCGUUUCGGGCAUGAGCCUGCACGACUACAUGCGCAAGUACAUCUGGGGCCCUCUUGGAGCUGCCAGCAUGACGUUUUGGCCGACGGAGCAAGUCCGCCAAAGCAAGAUUUGGGUCUGCACUCGAGACGAGGAGACCAACGAGAUCCAGCUGUUUCCCAACGGGUUUGCGCUCGCUCGCCCCGAGACGGUCGCCGAGCAAGAGAAGAGCCUGCUUCUCGGCGGAGGCGGCCUCUUUGGCAGCCAGAAGGACUACCUCGCCUUUCUCCGUGCACUCCUCCGCUCCGACCCGCGCUAUGGGGCACAGGACCCACUGCUCUCCCCUGCCAUGUACGCCGAGCUCUUUACGCCAACGAUCACAUCCAAGGGUGCCGAGGUGCUGUGUGACAUGGUCAACAGCUGGAUCCCCGUCGAGCCGCUGCAUACACCCGAAACCGUCAACCACAGCGUAGGCUUCGCCCUUUGCCUCGUGGACGUGCCCGGCCGGAGGAGGAAGGGCACUGGAUACUGGGGUGGAGCAGCAAAGACCAACUAUUGGAUCGACCCAGUGCGAGGUAUAGCCGGCAUUGUCGGUACCAACCUGUACUGGAAGGGCACCAAAGAUCCUUGGGAGGAGUAUGCCGCCGAGUUUGAGCGGCGGCUGUACGCCUCUAUCACGUAG